UUUGCCAGCUGGCCGCCAGGGAGUGAGGAUACGCGCCAUCUCGAGGGGCAGCUGUGAUUUGCUGUGUCUGGCCGGGCGCCGUGAGAGCCUGCGUGCCUUCGCCGUGUGCUGGGGGACGCGGCCGCGAGUGACAUGUGUGCGGGAGUGCGCCGCGGGGCGUGACGUGCCGGGCGUCGGGGCGGGCACAGGCAGGAGGCGAUGUUGGUGGGAGGGCAGGCGUGAGGCUGAACCACUGGGUCGGUGGGCCGCCCUCAGAUGCUCAGAUAACAGCGGCUCCAGCAUGGCGGGGCCCACCACCAACACACUCCUGUGGGUGACUGUGGGCGUGUGGGUGUGGGUGGCCUGCUGGGGACAAGUGUGGGCGGACUACCCCGUGCUGAUGUCGCAGGAGCACCCCGGGGGCCCGCUGCGGUGCGAGCCCAUCCGCAUCGCCGCCUGCAGAGACAUGGGCUAUAACCUCACCUCCAUGCCCAACCUGGUGGGCACUGAGUUGCAGAAAGAUGCAGAGUCUCGCCUCAACUCCUUCAACCCGCUCAUUCAGUACGGAUGCUCCUCACAGCUACAGUUCUUCUUGUGCUCCAUCUACACGCCCAUGUGUACCACGCAGGUGCCCACGCCCAUCGGCCCGUGCCGCGACCUGUGCCACACUGUGCGCGACAGGUGCGCGCCCGUCAUGGCCGAGCUGGGCUAUCCGUGGCCCGCCUUCCUCAACUGUUCCAGGUUCCCGCCGGAGAACAACGAACAGUACAUGUGCAUGGAGGGGCCCGGCGAGAAGAUGCCGCCCUUCUCCCCGCCCACCACCUCCCCGCGCCCGCAGCCGCCCAGGCGGUGUAGCCAGUACGCCCACGCGCACAAGUACCGCUACGUGAACGCCACGGGGACGUGCGCGCCGCUGUGCCAGGUGAACAUCUCCUUCAGCACCAAUGACAAGUACUUCGCCGGGGUCUGGAUGGCCAUCUGGGCCGUGGCGUGCUUCGCCGUGACGCUCUUCACCGUGCUGUCCUUCUUGCUGGACGCCGCCGCCUUCAGGUACCCGGAGCGCGCCGCCGUACACCUGGCCCUCUGCUACAACCUGGUGUCCGUGGGCUACCUGGUGAGGCUAGUGGCAGGCCCGGACCGCGUCACGUGCCACACGGACCAGGACCUAGGCCUGGUGGCGGUCACCGAGGGCGCCCUACACACCACCUGCGCCCUUGUCUUCCUGCUGCUCUACUACUUCAGCACCGCGGCCUCCGUAUGGUGGGUGAUGCUGUGUGUAUCGUGGCUGCUGCGGGCGUGGCGGGGUUGGGGGCACGACCAGAUCCUGAGGCACUCGUCCGCCUUCCACGUCGCCGCAUGGGGACUGCCCGCCGCCCAGGCCAUCGUGUGCCUUGUCUUCAGGAAGGUGGACUCAGAUGAGCUCACAGGAACAUGCUACGCCGGUCAACAGAACACGGAGACACUGGUUCGCUUCGUCCUGGUCCCGCAGUUCCUGUACCUAGUAAGCGGCGCCACUCUGGUUCUCCUCGUGUUCGCUUGUCUGUGGAGAACUCGAGGCCGGCUGAAGGAAGAGGGGCUGAAGACUGACCGGGUUGAUGUGACAGCGGCCAGGGUUGGAGUGGUGGCCGUGCUAUAUAUGGUUCCAGCUACUUGUCAGGUCGGCGCCACUUUCUACGAGUACGUUGAGAGAGAACAGUGGCUUCACGACCCGACUGUGCGACCCAACAUGGAGAUCUUUAUGCUCAAAAUCUUCAUGUCCGUGGCUGUGGGGAUCAUGGGUGGCUUGUUUCUAGUGAACGGUCGCGUGGUGGAUUCCUGGAAGCAGUUUCUCCGGCGGUUCACGUCCAAGAAGCAGCCACUACCGCCUUACCUCCAAGCGUCACACCUCAACCAGCACAAUCAGAUGCACUUUACCACGUCAGGCGCACCACACAAGCACCCUCACCACACAGCGCCAGCCUACCACGUCCCACACCACCACCAUCAUCUACUAUACCAGGAUCAGGGUGGUAUGAGUGGUAUUCCUGAGGUGCAUGGUUUCCCAAGGUACCAGGCGGGGUCAAAGCACCAGCACCACCACCACCAGCAUCACCACCACCACCACCAGCACUACCCACGUGACGCAAGGCAUAAGUGUGGCUCCGAGACGCAAGUGUGACGGGAAGUGUGACGGUGUGAGUGAGUGUUUUUAGUGUGACUUUAGUGUUUCAGGCUCGGAUAGUGAAAUGCCUUCUGUCUCUCACCAUCACUGCUUUCCAAAGGCUCCAGUUGAAGAUUCUCGUGUUUUUAAGGGUAUUUUACAGUUCCGGUGAUUGGCGAGAUUUAUGGUUACUUAAAAAGAGAAACUGUCUUGAAAACCCGGCUAAUCGUCUCUGUGGCCUUGAAAAGUAGUCGUAAUGAGAGAGCAAGGCGUUUCUGACUACUGGCCUGAGUGUACGUGUGAAUCUGAUGUUAGUUUUCUGAGAGAAUGAAUGAAUGAUCACCACAAGAGAAGAAAAAAAACACAAGAAAACACCGUCACUUCUCAACAGUUCAAAGCCCGUAAGAGUAAGAGCAAGAAGCAACAAACACUCGACACAUUACCUUGCCUAGUAGCUUCGCGGGGCGCCUCUCUCUCUCUCUCUCUCCUCCACUCAUCGCUGGCCUGGAAAAAAAAUGAAAAGAAAAUAAGGUGUCUAUUCCCUGCUCUCCUUUCUGUAUCUUCGUGUGCAUGCAAAAAACAGCCAAUUCAGAAUAUUAGAACCGUAGCAGUGACAUGAUAAGAGGAGAGAGAAAAGAGCUGAAAAACCUUAAUCCCUGAAGUACUGAGACGCAUCAUUACCAUGAGUUUUGGGUAUUGUUAGACGAUUUUAUAUGCAUUAUGAAGUGUCUAUGGAGGUCAAAAAUAAUAGCCAGAGUCUUUACGAUUCUAAUACCCACAUAAGUUUUUGAAGCUGUAUAAAAUCACGAAAUAGUAAACAAAAUGAAUAUGAGAACGCGGCAUGGUACUGAAGGGCUUAAGAAACAAAGCGAGUGUAAGGUAAACUCCCCAAGAAGAGAGAAAGAACUGGAAUACGCAAGAAAAGAAACAGAAAAUGACCUUAAUUUGAAACUGCCAUAAUGCCUUCGUCCUAAUACCUCCGUGUCAAGGAUCCAGGGCGUGUUAGGGACUCAGGGACACUGUAGAAGGUGCUGAAGGAACGCUAUUAAGUGAUCACAAGUGCCUCAGGUCAGAAGAAAGCUAAAAAAUUCGCUUCUGACGUAGUGAAACCAAAGGAAACACACAGGCUUCGAAAUGAAUGGCUUCACUUUGUAUAUAUAGUUGUUGAAGCCUCGUGAAGCCUCUUAUCGUUCUACACUGGUGCUCUAAGUUAAGUUUAGUAAGUAAGAGAGGUUUGUGUCAGUGAUGUGUGUGUGUGUGUGUGUGUGUGUGUGUGUGUGUGUGUGUGUGUUGGUUCUUAUCUUAGAAGUGAAAGGAAAGUGAAUAAGGAAGAGUCUCGGAGCUCAAAGUUGAAAAAUUAAAGUAGGGAAUACGUGAAAGUAUUAAAAUUGUUGAAAAAAAAAGAAAAUUUUGAGAAAAGUUGAUGAAAGAGAAGUUUUAGUAUUUGUGUGUACGUAAUGAAAAAAUAAAUAAAUAAAAACGUGGCAAACUGAAGGAAAAAAUGAAGAAUAGAAAAGAAUAAUACGAAUGGAAUAGAAAAUGGAGAACGUAAAAAACAAAAAAAAAAAAAAUGUGGCAAACUGGAGGAAAAAUUGAAGACUAGAACAGAAUGAUACGAAUUGAACAGAAAAUGGAAAGAGAGAGACACGUCCUUUAUUAGCGAACGAUAAGGAAAAGAAGAGAACCACCUCCAAAAAUGUGUCUUUGUCUGUUUUUAAAUUAUAGGGAUUAAAAUUAAGAAUGAAAAUGUCGUAAAGCAAGUAAGAUAGAAUUAAAAACUAAAAUACAUUAGGAAAAUAAAGUACUGCCCAAAGAGUUAAGGGAAUACAAAGGAAGACUAAAGGAUAUCAAUUCUUAAUAUAUGUUUUGUAUUAUUAUUACUAUUAUUAUUAUUAUUAUUAUUAUUAUUAUUAUUAUUAUUAUUACCAUGAUUAC